GAGAGGUGGAGAUGCUGCUUUGUCAUUGAGGACCUCAGCAGCAUCAGCAGCAGCAGCAGCAGCAUCAGCAGCAUCAGUAUUAUUCUCCCACUCCGGCACGUCCGACGCUCAGCAUGCUGCAUCCUGAUGCGCUCCCGGCCGGCCGCGCUCUCUCCGUCUCUCUCUCUGCCCACCUGGAUUUUCUGGCGUUUCUCGUGUUUUUUCCAGCCCGGUAUGUGCGUGUUGACUGAAGCGGCUGCAUACCGUCGACUCGUGUCAAUGUUUGAGCCGGAGGAGAGCGGCACGUCCCAAGUGUCAGAGAAGAAUCGAGCCAUCCUGCGGAUGCGCUGUUGCUGCUUUGCCUCCAGCGGGAGCCCCACUGUGUGAGAUCCAUGAUUUAUCCCUCUGUUUUCUGGGGCUGUCCAUAGAGAGCACCCGCUUCUUUCUCCUCUUCCUCCUCUCUUCCUCCUCCUCUUCUUUUCAUAAAUAAAAAUGGAAAGGUUCCAGUCUUCCAUGCGCAAACGGCUCUACAGCUUGCCGCAAAACAUUGUGCAAAAGCCCACAGUGACUGACAGUGAAGGAGACAGCGGCGACAAGGACACCAGGAGGAAAAGUAUUCGGCUAAAACAUUUGUCCUCUCUGUCUCCCGCAAGCAGUUGCAGGAGCGUGGAGGAGGCCAGGUGCGAAGACUUGGACAGGGACGUUUCAGGGCUGAAGACCAACUUGAACGGGGACUGCCGCUUUUUCCGGAGUAGCAUCUCUUCUAUCACCGGGAGGCAUCCUGCGGGCUCGGAUCCAGCGGAGCAGCGGUGCCUCCUGCCGGAGACGGACGCCGGGGCCAGCGAGAGUUCACCCGGGGAGCCGGGGGCCCCGGACCGGGCGGCGGGUGGGCUGCAGGGCGGCGCACCCGGGCAGCCGUCCGUGUUCGACCAGUCAACUUUCAUCAAGUUGGAGGGCGCGGACCAGAUCAUACCCGAAGAUGACCGGCUGUACCAGGCCGGCUUCAUGCACCGACAGUUCGGGGCGAUGCUCCAGCCGGGAGUCAACAAGUUUUCCCUGCGGAUGCUGGGCAGCGAGAGGGCCGUGGAGCACGAGAGGGAACGCGUGAAGUCCGCAGGCUUCUGGAUCAUCCACCCGUACAGUGAUUUUAGGUUUUACUGGGACCUGACCAUGCUUCUGCUGAUGGUAGGAAACCUCAUCAUCAUCCCCGUGGGAAUCACCUUCUUCAAGGACGAGCACACGCCGCCAUGGAUCGUCUUCAACGUCGUGUCGGACACCUUUUUCCUCCUGGACCUCGUUCUCAACUUUCGCACCGGCAUCGUUAAGGAGGACAACACGGAGAUCAUCCUGGACCCGCACCAGAUCAAGGUCAAGUACCUGAAGACCUGGUUCGUUGUGGACUUUGUCUCCUCCAUACCUGUGGACUACAUCUUCCUCAUCGUGGAAACUCGCAUAGACUCUGACUUUUACAAGACGGCCCGGGCCCUGAGGAUCGUCCGGUUCACCAAGAUCCUGAGUCUGCUGCGGCUGCUGCGUCUCUCCAGACUCAUUCGCUACAUCCACCAGUGGGAAGAGGUCUUUCACAUGACGUACGAUCUUGCCAGUGCCAUGGUGCGAAUCAUGAACCUGAUUGGGAUGAUGCUGCUGCUGUGCCACUGGGACGGCUGCCUGCAGUUCCUGGUGCCGAUGCUGCAGGAUUUCCCUCCAGACUGCUGGGUCACCCGAAACAAGAUGGUGAAUGACACCUGGGGUCAGCAGUACUCCUAUGCCCUGUUCAAAGCCAUGAGUCACAUGCUGUGCAUCGGGUACGGCCUGUACCCGCCCAUCGGCAUGGCCGACGUCUGGCUCACCAUCCUCAGCAUGAUCGUGGGCGCCACCUGCUUUGCCAUGUUUGUGGGUCACGCCACAGCUCUGAUCCAGUCUCUGGACUCCUCAAGGAGGCAGUACCAAGAAAAGUAUAAGCAAGUGGAGCAGUACAUGUCCUUCCACAAGCUCCCCGCCGACAUGAGGCAGCGAAUCCACGACUAUUACGAGCACCGCUACCAGGGCAAGAUGUUCGAUGAGGAGAGCAUCCUGGAGGAGCUGAACGAGCCGCUGCGAGAGGAAAUCAUCAACUUCAACUGCCGCAAACUGGUAGCCUCCAUGCCUCUGUUCGCCAACGCCGACCCCAACUUCGUCACCUCCAUGUUGACCAAACUGCGCUUCGAGGUCUUCCAGCCGGGCGACUACAUCAUCAGGGAGGGCACCAUCGGGAAGAAGAUGUACUUCAUCCAGCACGGCGUCGUCAGCGUCAUUACGAAGAGCAGCAAAGACACAAAGCUGACGGACGGCUCUUAUUUUGGAGAGAUCUGCUUGCUGACUCGAGGCAGAAGGACGGCCAGCGUGCGAGCAGAUAACUACUGCCGCCUGUACUCUCUGUCUGUUGACAACUUCAACGAGGUGCUGGAGGAGUAUCCCAUGAUGCGGAGGGCCUUCGAGGCCGUCGCCCUCGACCGCCUGGACCGAAUCGGAAAGAGGAACUCGAUUCUGCAGCACAAAGUCCAGCAUCACCAAAGCUCCGGCACAUUAAACCUCCAUGAAACAGAAAUCAUCCAAAGAAUCGUCCAGCACGACCGGGACAUGGCCCAAUGCACGCAGCUGAUCCAAAGCAGCACUGCGCAGAGUUUAAACCCUGUCGCUCCGCCGUCCCCCACCCCUCUCAUCUGGACGCCGCUGGUCCAGGCGCCGCUCCAGGCUGCCGCUGCCACCACGCCGCUGGCUCUAGCCUUGGCCCAUCACUCCCAGCUGCCUCCCAUCCUCUUCCACAGUCCUCUGGUUACUGGUUCCUCCAUGAAGGACCAUUCCAGGAGGGUCCACAUGGGAGGGACCGCCUCCAGCAGCUUUGGUUCAGUUCCUGGAUCCCCGGUUGGCUCUGCUAAACCCAGAUCUGUGGUUGAGAUGCCGACGUUGGGGUUCUCUUUGGCGCAGCAUCACUCCACCGCGGUUUUAUCGCCCACGGUGAUGUCACAGCCCAUCUUUACGAGCAGCUUACAGCCCACGCCGCAGCCUCUUUACCAGCCUCCUCACUGCGCCCCGGUCUUCCCCUCCUACACCUGCUCCGCUCAGCUCCACCCUCAGCCGUUCCUCGGUGCUACGGCCGCUCCGCCUCAGCCUCUAGGUUUGCUGCAGCAAGGGGCGCUGGGGAAAGUUUCAGGAAGAUUUCCAGCCCCGGCCAUCAGCCCUCUGAUCUGCAGCUCGGUGAACCCCAUCCUGAGCCAGCUGCAGCAGCCAUACCACCCCCCCAGCCUCAACAGACCGACCAGCACGUCCAGCAGCAUCAACCUCCCACAUUUCCCCAUCAUAACCACCAGGCAGCCGCCGGCCAGGAUCAAUCCGCCGCCGUCUGCGGCCGGUGGAAGCGGGGUGGCCGCCUCUCUGGCGCAGCACACCCUGGCAGGACUGCAGUCGGUUUUCCUCCCGCAGGUUCUCCCUGAGCACUCGGCUCUCGCCUCCCUGGCGCAGUACGGCUCUGCCGAGGCCUCGCCGUGCUACACGCCGCCUCUCCGCAGCCCCGCCACUCAGAGACGGACGGUUCACCAUGCCGAGCCGCUCGGCGCAACCAGCUUUCAGAGCUCUGCUCUGAGAGAGACAGCAGAGUCCUCGGCGGAUCUCUUUACCCAGGAAAUAAAGACAAUCUCAGGCUCUCACAGCUAUUUACACCAGGAAAGGCCUUCAGUGGUGAGCGGCUCCUUAGAGGAGGCGGCGGGGGGCUUCCCUUCCCCCAAGGCGGUCAACAAACCCUACACCGCCAUCCCGGGUCAGGGUGCUCCCGUCAGUCGGACACAAUCAGGACCUGAGCCUUGGAACCGGCCCGACGGCGAUCAGUCUCCCGCUAAAGUGUUAGACAGUGAACAGAAACAAUCCAAGCUUCCCUCCAACUUGUGAGUGUCAGACACACCCUCCUCCACCUGCUGAGCUGCAGAGGAAACCCCUCCAAGUUGGCAUUUUAAAGGGAACCUAUUAUGCAAAGUUCACGUUUUUAUGCUUCCAUUUGGGUCUCUACUGCUUAUAAAAACAGACCAAGUGCUUUAAAACAUCCCACUCACAUAUGUUUUUGGAAAACAAGCCGUUUCAAAACGCUUCUGAAUGUCCCGUGACAAAUCACGUUACAUUCAACUCCAGCAGAAUUCAGCCCGUUACCUAGCAACCAAGCGACGCUCCAGCACGUUUGGUCAGCUGGCAUCGCCGCUGUAGAAUGGCUACUGGAAAUGACAAGUGUUUUGUUUGCUUACCACACAGAAACCACUUGCUGCACCUUGUUGGUUGUGCAGGAGGCUCAACGUCUGCUUUUCAAAGACGUACGGUUGUAUAAUUGCACAUCUGUUUGCAGCCAUUUUCACUUGCAUGUGUAAACGUUGAGUUGGGGGGGCGUGGCCAGCAGCAGGUCAUUUGGAUUUAAGGUGACAGGCCCUGAACCAGCUCAUUCUGCAAAACUAAAAUCUCAUCUUCUAAGAAUUAUUUUGAGGAAAACUGUAACGAACAUACCGUCAUCUGCUGAAGGAAGCAUAAUAGGUCACCUUUAAAUGUUAAAUCCAGUGCUGGGGUGUGUGUGUUGUUUUAAUCAGAUGAGAGAUCAGUUUAGUUUUUGUGGAUGACGGGACAGAAACAUAUUUUUUCUACUCAACAUUUUCAUUAUGAUGACAAAACCCAAAAGUAUUAAUGGGGUAUAUAUUUGAGACCUGAUAAGAAAUAUCACUUCUUAUAUAUACUAUAUUAUAUUCUGCUCUUCCUCUGUGAUUUGUUAUUAUUUAUUUGAAACCUUUUUUUUUUUUUGGUUCCCUUUUUAGCUUCACCUCUUGAUCUGAAAAGAAUUACCCACAGCUGUGUAUUCAGUUUAUGAUUGAAACCAAAAAUGGCUUCCCUCUUGUUAGCAUCCUUUCCGGAGAAAUGCUGCGCACAGACAGUCUGUGCACUUUGCUCGUUUCAGAGGUCACUGUAGCGCGAAGGGUUUGGCGGCAGCGUGUCUUCCAAGAUAGAAAGCUUUCUCAGCAAUAUUGCACACCCGAACGGGUCGCACUGAUCAGACUGCAUUUAAAAAAAUAACAAAGCAAUGAAUGUAACAAUGUCAGUCUGAGGGGAAGAGAGGAUUUGGGAUCUGAAUGUGUGGAUGAAUGUGAACGGACAAAAAAAAAAAAAAAACCCGAGUUGAGGUUUGUGUGCCAUGAGCAUAGUAUGCAAUAAUCUGUUUUUAUUUUUAUGGGCUUAUAAAGGUACUGUGAAUUAAACCACUUGUGUCAAAUCAGUAAAAUUACUGGUAAAUCAAUCAGUUAAUUAGAAUACAGCAAACAGUGACUCAGUUCAAAAAGAGAAACUUACAUAGAUUCAUUACACAGAGUGAAGCAUUUGAACCAUUUGAGUUCAUUUUGAUUAUGGCAUAAAGUUCAGCUUCUGCUAUUAACUCUCAGACGAUAUGGAGUAAAAGGUUUGUCGUGAUACUUUGUGGUAAUUAUUGGCAUAUUUAUAAUAAAUUGGCAGCUUGUUGUAGAUUUUAUGACUCCUAAAACAUAAAAGAGAUUAUCUCCUCUGCAAAAAUACAAAAUCUUACCAAGGAUUUUUGUUCUAACUUCCAGUGCAAAUAGAACAGUUUAAAUAAAAUAAAUACCUAUUCAGCAAGAUAUAUGAGCUUGUUUUAAGUCAGUAAUUGCUUAUUUUUUAUUUUAAAAAGUUCUAGUUCCACUAGUUCAUCUUAUAAGUGAAAUAAUCUGUCCCUGGAACUAAAACCUUUUAAUCAAUAUUAAGGGAUUAUUGAAUUAAAUUAAGCUUGUAUAUCUUGCUGAACAGUUAUUUGUAUUUUAAUUUUUUUUUUUUGCUUAAGUGUACUAAGAUAUUUGUACUAGAAACUAGAACAAAAAUACUUGGUGAGAUUUUGUGUUUUUGCAUCAAUUAUUCCCAUUGAUACUCAACCAAGUAUCACUAAGCAGCACAAAAUACCUGAAUUUAUUCAUAUUUUUAAAGAUAUCGAUAUCUACUGCUGUUAUAGAACUAACAUUUGGGGAUAAAAGUGAAAGUAACUAUCGACAACAACCAUGGCGGACGAUAACGAUGAUUAAGUUGUAAAUGUAUAUCUUAAUGUGUAAGAUAUGCUCCACUGUUAGCCUCCAUUUUUACCUCCCAAGUUGAGCUUUUCUUCUUCGUCGUCUUUUUUUGUGGCAGUUUGUAAAACACUGAGCACGCUCUCUAUGCGUGACGUUAUUGCGCCCUCUACUGUGCAUGCGGGACACUGAGAUCACUUACUGCGCCAAAACAGUCCCAUUUGACAAAAUGUCGGAAUUGGGUGAACGCCGGCUUGGUUUUCCACUCUGGAUGAUUCCUUAGAUCAGGAAUCACAAGCACAGAUGCAGCAUAGUUAAAAGGUUUAGUUUCUUUGGCGACGACCUUUACCCUCGUUAUGAGACUUGAUUGUAUUUGUUUGGUUUAAUGUAAUUUUCUAACAUAGUUUGUUUCUUUAGCUGUAAAUCAUCAAACUUAUCAGAAACAACAGCAAUAAAUGCAUCAUUGUCUGUGUCAUGAAUCUAUAUAAAACAUUAUUUAAUAUUUUAUAAAUAUAAAAUCAGUGGAAAACACUUUUUGAUAAUAUUCUAACUUAUUGUGACUUUGGCUUUCAAGUUGUUACAGAAGAGGAACUGAUUAAAAACUAAAAGCAAUCGAGGAUAAUCAAACAUCUCGAAACCAGCAAACGCACUGAGAAUGAUGUGAAUGUUUCUUGCACCAGUCAAAGGGCUACCAGCAGUCACCGGGGCGUGAUCAACACCCAAACCCUGACGGGUUUUAUUGCUGCAUAUUUACCUCUUUCAUUGUUCAACGUUCGAUUGUAAAAUCUGACAUCUGCUGCUUUGUGACGCUAUGCUGAAUCCAAAAGACUGCUUUAUGAAACAACAGUGACAUCCUUUUAGUAGUCAAUGUGUUUAGCUGAUUUGUUUUUCCAUCCACCUGCCAUCAGCGGGGUUUAUGUUAAAUACAUCCAGUGUCGAGGAGUAAAGUUAUUGAUCUGUUUAUUAGUCUAUUUCUCAUUUUUGUUGCCUUUUUAAUCACCAGAUCUGAUCAUUUAAUCUCCUGUAUAUUAGGCACAUUUUAUUUUAGCUACUGAAAUUAAUGCAAUAAAAAACAGACAUAUGGUCAAAUGA